AAAAAAAAAAGAUCGUGAACAGAUCAGAAAAUACUUCCAAAUCCAGUAUUUUCUAAGCCAGUAUUGCUCUUGACAGUCAGUGUUUAAAACAGAGAGAACAGAUUAUACGACUUCAGUAUAAAAAGUCCCACAGCGCAUCCAUCCCUCUCUCUCCCUCCUUCUCUCGCUGCCUCUCCUCGCAGAGACCCAGCCUCCUGUCCGGUCCGCCAUCCUCCCUGCUGCCAUGGCCGCGCAGGCUGCCGGUCGUGAUGCUGCACCGGCCGGACCUGCAGUCUGCACCGAGAUGGAGGAACGGAAGGAGGGAAAUAUGAAGGCUGAUUUGGAAGCUUCUCUGCCUGCUGGCCAGGAGGAUAUCGCAAUCCAGUGCCGAGAUGUGUGCCGGUCGUACGGCAAGCUGAAAGUCCUCAGCAACCUCAACCUGACUGUACCACAGGGACACAUAUAUGGCCUUUUGGGGCCUAGUGGAUGUGGGAAGACCACACUUCUGAAAUGCAUCGUGGGAACUCUGAAAAUCUCGCGGGGUCACAUCGCCGUGUUGGGGAAGCCACCUGCAUUCCCUGGUCACGACGUGCCGGGGAAGAUGGUCGGGUACAUGCCGCAGGAGCUGGCGUUGUACAGAGAGUUUACAAUCGGCAACACCCUGACCUUCUUUGGCCGAAUCCACGGCCUGACGUCGAAGGAAACCAAGACACGUAUGGAUUUCCUCAUAGACUUCCUGGAUCUACCUCAGAGAGACAGUCUAGUCCGAAAUCUCAGUGGGGGUCAGAGGCGCAGGGUGUCUCUCGGUGCAGCUCUGCUUCAGAAUCCACAGCUGCUCAUCCUGGACGAACCAACAGUCGGAGUGGACCCUGUUCUUAGGUCUAAGAUCUGGCAGCAUCUGGUGCAGAUUGUGAAGACGGGGAAAGUCUCGGUCAUCAUCACCACACACUACAUAGAGGAGGCCAGGCAAGCCAAUGUGGUCGGUCUCAUGAGGAACGGCUGUUUGCUCGCUGAAGGACCUCCAGACGCACUCAUGAAGCAGCACAAUGCAACAACCCUGGAGCACGCCUUCCUGCAGCUGUGUGAGACGUCGGACCAGAUAGUCUCUAAACGGGGGUCCAGUCCGCAGGGUGGGGCGCUGGAGAACAGCCAAUCGUUCGAGAGUGGGCGGGACGAGAGUCAGCCAAUUCUCACGGUCGGACCAGGGGCUGCAGAGGAAGUUCCAAAAUAUUCAGCGGACUGGAAAGUGCGUGCCAGACACGUUCUGCCCAAGUGGAGAAACAUCGCUGCCCUGAUGAUCAAAACUAUGGUGCGGAUGAAGAGAAUGCCAGGCUCAUUGUGUUUCCAGUUCUUGCUGCCCGUCAUCCAAGUCUCGCUGAUCUGUUUGUGCAUUGGAGGAGACCCAAAGGGGAUCCAGGUUGCUGUGGUGAACAACGACACCGCCCCCUCCGCAUACAGCCAUUUACUGCUCUCCUUCCUGGACAACUCCAGUGUGCACCAGGUGCCCUUGUCCCAUACAGAAGCUUUGGAUGGGAUCUAUAACGGAGAGUACUGGGGUGUCAUCGGCUUUGGCAAGAACUUCACCAGCUACCUGACAAAAAGGAUGCUUCAGCGACAGGUUUCCAGAGAGGUGGUUGAUGGAGGAUCAGUACACGUCUGGCUGGACCUGACAAAUCGACAAAUUGGCUUAAUGCUCCAGAAGAAACUACAUGAGGCCUUUCAGGCCUUUGUGGAGAAUAAGUUGGGCAGCAUGGCAUACCUGGUCGCGCUGCCAAUAAAGUUUGAAGAGCCGAUCUAUGGCAGCCAAGACACGGACUUCACUACGUUUGUGACACCUGGAGCUGUGCUCAGUAUCACAUUCUACCUGGCAGUGGGUCUGACAGCUCUCUCCUUUGUCCUGGAGAGGAAGGAGGGGCUUUUGGACAGGUGCUGGGUCGCAGGUGUGAGCUCUCUAGAGACGAUGCUGGCUCACCUCUUCUCUCAGCUGUUUGUCAUCAGCGUUCAGAUCCUCCUGCUGCUCCUCUUCAUACUGCUCGUCUUCAAGAUACCUAAUGAAGGCUCCUUGGCGCUGGUCAUAGUUCUGAUCGUGCUGCAGGGCAUCACUGGCAUCUCGUUUGGUCUCGUCAUCUCAGCCGCAAUCGACGAUGAGCAGAAUGCCAACCAGGCCGCCCUGGGCAUCUUCUACCCUAACCUCAUCCUCAGCGGUAUCAUCUGGCCUGUGGAGUGUAUCCCGUAUCCUCUCCGCUAUGUCAGCCUGGCUCUCCCUCAGACCUACGCCUCAGAAGCCCUUCGCUGUAUAAUGUACAGAGGUUGGGGUCUGUCUCGGAUGAUAGUGUGGCGAGGAUUUGCGGUCACCUUGGGCUGGAACACUUUCUUCAUCAUCCUGGCCACGGUCAUCUUAAAGCUGCGAACGUGACAGCCUCAUCCCAGAGUACCUUCUUUUAGGGUUGGGACAGAGCCGUCAGGUGAAGCCCAAGAGCACAACGACUCACCUGGGCCUCCUGUCCGUAGAGGGACUGGAUGCAGCAAAGAGCAGGAGGAGGGAGGGCGCCAAUACUGUGGUUUAAUGAACUGAUGACUGAACUGACUGCUGCCUUGAGAGUGGAGCCUGUUGGAUAGAUUCUUCUCACAGGUCAGGUGUGUCAUGCUCUUCAAGCCGUUUGCAUCCAUACAACAUGUGUUCUGUUUUUUACACAAAAGUUUCAAACUGCUCAUACUCUACACAGUAUACUUUGUUUAUGAA